AUGAAUACAAAUGAUUUAGAAAAUGAUAUUACUCCUACUAAUUCGGACUCAGGUACAGGAGGAAAUAAAAAUGAAGGUAAUAAGACAAAAUUAAAGACAAGAUUUUCUGUUGGACCUGAUUCAUUAAGAAAUCAUUUUAUUGCAUGUUAUGGUGAAUUUGUUGGUACAUUUAUCUUUUUAUUUUGUGCUUAUACCAUUGCUAAUAUUGCCAAUCAUGAUUGGCAAUUAGAAAGUUAUCCUGGUAGAACUACAUCACAUCCAAGUCAAUUGAUCAUGAUUGCUCUUGGUUUCGGGUUUUCCUUAAUGUUUGCAGUAUGGUGUUUUGCUGGUGUAUCAGGGGCAGCUUUAAAUCCUGCCGUUUCCUUGACCUUAGUUUUAUCAAGAGCUAUUACACCAACCAGAUGCUUAGUUCAUUGGAUUGCUCAAAUCAUUGCAGGGAUGGCAGCAGGUGGUGCAGUUAGUGCUAUUACACCAGGUGAAGUCUUGUAUGCAAAUACAUUAGGAUUAGGGAUGUCUAGAACUAGAGGUCUUUUCUUGGAAAUGUUUGGUACAUCAUUUUUAUGUUUAACUGUUAUGAUGACAGCUAUUGAACCUACUGGUAGUAAUGCUGUAUGUGCCAUUCCAAUUGGUGUUGUUUUAUUUAUUAUUCAUUUAUCCUUGGUUGCAUAUACUGGGUGCGGUGUUAACCCAGCUAGAUCUUUAGGGGCUGCUCUUGCCAAGAAAUCUUUCCCACCAUACCAUUGGAUCUAUUGGAUUGGCCCAUUAUUAGGUGGUCUUUUAGGUUGGUCAGUUUGGCAACUAUUAGUUUGGUUAGAUUACCAACUUUAUGUGGAAGCUGAAAAGAGUGGUAAGUCAGUAGAAGAAUUAAGAAGAGAAAAGGAAGAUUAA